CAUCAUCAUCAUCAUUAUCAUCGUCCUCUAUUAAUUUAAGUCUUUAAAAUGUUAUUCCAACUUUUUAAAUCACCAUUACAACUAAAGUUAAAACAAGCUUGUCGUUUCUAUACAGUUGCUAGGCCGCAGACAAUAUAUGCACUCUCUUCUGCACCUGGUAAGGCGGGUGUAGCAGUCAUUCGAAUUUCAGGUCGAAAUGCUUUGGAGGCAGUUGAAAAAAUGACAUUGAUCAAGAGUGGCCUAAUGGAUGCCCGUAAAGCUUAUUUUAGACGAAUUCGACAUCCUCACACAGGUCAAGUUUUAGAUCGAGGUCUUGUUCUCUGGUUUCCAGGACCUCAUAGUUUCACAGGUGAAGACUCUGUUGAGUUUCAAAUUCAUGGUGGUAACGCAGUUGUCAAAAGUGUCUUGAAUGCUUUACGUGCAAUACCCGAUUUUCGGAUGGCUGAACAAGGAGAAUUUUCAAGAAGGGCAUUCGAUAAUGACAAAUUAGAUCUUACAGAACUAGAGGGAUUAGCCGAUCUAUUGAAUGCAGAGACAGAGAUUCAACACCGUUUAGCCUUACAACAAGCUGAAGGAGGGUUACGUAAACGAUAUGAUGAAUGGCGUCACAAAAUUAUUGAAUGUAUGGCCAGAACAGAAGCAGUAAUUGACUUUGGAGAAGAUGAACAUAUAGAAGAAGGUGUGAUGGAAGAGGUUAUAAAAGAUGUUAAGCAACUCUAUACUUCUAUCUCUACACAUUUAAACGAUAGUCAUGUAGGUGAAAUGAUUCGAAGUGGGAUACAAGUGGCUAUUGUAGGGCCACCCAAUGCAGGAAAAAGCACAUUAUUAAACCGAUUAGCAAAAAGAGAAGCAGCGAUUGUGUCUUCUAUACCUGGUACAACACGAGAUGUUGUAGAGGUCAAGUUAGACUUGGGAGGAUAUCCUGUUAUUGUAUGUGAUACGGCUGGAUUAAGAGAAUCAAAUGAUAUAAUUGAAAUAGAAGGAAUUAAACGAGCAAAAGCUAGAAUAUUAUUAUCAGAUUUAAAGAUUUGUUUAUUACCACUAAAUGAUAUAGCUACAAUUGAUCCUAUCGUUCGUGAUAUUAUAGAUAAGGAUACUUAUUUAAUCUUGAAUAAGGAAGAUACAGUGUCAUCUUACAGUAAAGAGGAUAUCGAUAAACUCAUAUCAAUGAUAAAGAAAGAAAUUGGAAUCAAACAUAUUUGGACUAUGAGUUGUACAACGGGAAAAGGAGUUGAUCUCUUUUUAAAUCAAUUAAUUAAUAUUAUAAAAGACAAGUUUGAUUCAUCUAUUGCAAAUCCUGCUUUAAUAACACAAGCCCGACAUAGAGAACAUUUAGAAGACUGUAUUCAAUACUUAGAGUCAUUUUUAAAUAUGUCAAAUGAAGAAAUUGUCUUGUCGGCAGAAGAGUUAAGGCAAGCAGCAAAUGCAUUGGGUAGAAUUACCGGAAAGAUUGAUGUUGAAAAUGUACUAGAUGCUUUAUUUGGACAAUUUUGUAUAGGAAAGUAAAUUGCAUACUAUAAGACAUUAAUAGGAAAAGAAAAACAAGAAAGAAUCUCUCAUAUUUGUACAUUAAUAAAUAUAAUAAUAAUCUUCAUUUAUGUACGUAUCUGUUUCUAUCUUAAUAAAUUCAAGAUAGAAAAGUAGAAUAAUGCUUGACUAAAAAAAAAAAAAAA